UCUGCCGUUCGUGUGUCAUUGUGUGAAAUAGCAAACUGGCAUCGCGUCACAGCGUUCUCGUAUUGUAAGGUUUUCUUCAAAACAAUAUUUUGUAUUUUAUAGUGGCACAACCAAGGAUCAAAAUAGUAAAUAGACCAUCAUGAAGACAAGUUUAAACGAAAAAUGGAUAGUUUGCCGGGUUUGCUUAAAACAACCCGAAGAAGUCAUGACUACAAUAUUCGAUAAAGAUGAUGAAAAAGAUAUGACGCAAAUGAUUUUAGAGUGUGGUGGAGUACCAAUAAAACGUUUCGAUCAUUACCCUGAUAAAAUAUGUGGCAAAUGCUUAAAGUAUUUACGUGUAGCACACAAGUUCCGUAUUACAUGUCAGCGUUCACAUAAACACCUUAGUAGAUUCAUAGCACCAGCUGUGGUGGACGUUGCAAUAGUGGAAGAAGCUGCUGAUUAUGUACCGAUAGAAGUAGAAGAAGUGGAAGAACUAGCCUUGAAAGUAGAACCAGAUAUAGAUGGUAUCAAAGAAGAGUACUCGGACACUGAAGUUUUGGAUAUAUAUGUACCAAUUGACGAAGAAGCGGAAGUUUUCGACGAAUUCGGAACAAUUGACCGGUCAGGCUCUGCUUUAUCAGACGGUGCGGAAUAUCUGGAAGAAGUUAACGAGGAAUUCCAAUAUUCCGAUGAAGAUUAUGUGCCUGUCAAAGAAGAAGAAGCUCCAAAGCGUGGAAGAGGUAGACCACCAAAAAAUUUAAAGAAAAAUGAAGCAUCUACUUCAAAAUCUGCUAACGGACUAGUAAUUAAAAAAGAAAAAACUUCGCCAGCAAAACGUGGCCCCAAACCGAAAAAAGAAAAACCCACAUCGUAUAUUUGUGAUAUUUGUGGUAAUAUUUAUCCAUCUCAAGGGCGUCUUACAGAACAUAUAAAAUUGCAUAAGGGUAUUAAACCACAUGAGUGCGAAAUUUGUGGACAUUGCUUCGCGCAAACUCAACAAUUGACCCGCCAUAUGAAUACACACACUGGAAAUCGUCCAUAUAAGUGUAGUUAUUGUCCUGCAGCCUUUGCUGAUCUUUCCACUCGGAAUAAACAUCAUCGUAUUCAUACCAAUGAGAGGCCAUAUGUGUGCGACGUUUGUGGAAAGUCCUUUACGUAUACCAACACUUUGAAAUUCCACAAAAUGAUACAUACCGGAGAGAAACCCCAUGUUUGUGAUAUUUGUGGCAAAGGUUUUCAGCAGGCCUAUAAGCUACGUAAUCACAAAAUGACCCAUGAACGCAAAGGUGUCGGAAUCAAAAUGGAACCGAUAGAGGUGGAAACAAUAGAGACUUAUCAAGAAGUGAAUCCCGCACCUGCUCAGAUUUUAGAAAUUUAAUUGUAUGAAGUGUUUUUUAAUAUUUCACAUAUGAGUUAACUUUAUGCAAUAAUUUGAAUAAUAUAUAUUCAAAUAAAAGAAAGAGAUAUUUAAAAUAAUUAUUAUAAAUUAAUUUCCCUUAAAUUUAUUCACUUGUUUUAUAUAAAGUCGCAUGUAAAAAUAACCAAGUUACACCUCGGAUAUGUGUAUACAUACAUACUUAGAUUUAUUUAAUUUCAAUUGUAAGCCUUUGAAUAGAAGUAAUCUAAUAAAGUUAAUGAAUACGUA